AUGGAGCGUGCUUUACAGGCGCAGCAUGUUCCAAAUAACCAAUAUGUUGAGUUUGCCGCUUAUCAGCUGGCAGGAGAGGCUCAGCACUGGUGGCAGGCAGAGUGCCACUUGCUACAGCUCCAGAACACAGAUGUUCCUUGGGAUGUGUUUCAGACAGCCUUUUACAAGAAGUACUUCCCUGAGUCUGCAAGGGAAGCGAAAGAGAUGGAACUGAUGCAGCUGAAGCAAGGUUCCUUGUCGGUGGCAGAUUACACCAACAAGUUUGAGGAGCUUUGUAGGUUCUCUAGGGUGUGUCAGGGUGCCCCGAAGACUUACGAGAGCUGGAAGUGCAUCAAGUACCAGAGUGGUUUGAAGGAUAGCAUUAUGGCUACUGUGGCUCCUAUAGAGAUCCGUGUCUUCUCCGACUUGGUGAACAAAGCAAGGGUGGUUGAGGAGUAUGCCAAGACAGUGGCUGCGUCCAAGGAAACUCAUGGAGGACAAGGGAUGUGGCAAAUUAGUUUAGGUGGGUGCUUCAACUGUGGAUUGCCUGGCCACAUUGUGAGAGAUUGCACUCGUGGGAGGAACCCAAGUGCGGGUCAGAGUCAGCAUCAGCGUCGAGUUUUUGCUGUGAAUGCCAAGGAUGCUUCCAAGGCGGAUCCUUUGAUGAGAGGUAUUUAUUUAAUUGGUGGUAAGACCUUAAUUGCAUUAUAUGAUACUGGAGCAUCACAUUCGUUUAUUUUGUUUGCUAAAGUUGAGAAACUAGGCUUGAAAGUGUCAGAGUUACCCUUUGAUUUGCAUGUACAUAUUCCGCAUCAGACGGUCAUGACUAGGUCAGGUUGUAGGCAAGUAGGAUUCAAACUUGAGGGUAGAGACUUUGUGUAUGAUUUGAUCUGUUUACCAAUGGUUAGGUUGGAGAUGAUUUUGGAGUUUGAUUGGUUUUCGAAGAAUCGAGUUUUGUUGGAUUGCUUUGAACGGACAAUUCGGUUUAUGCCGAAAGGAGAAAGUGGGGUAGUGAUAGCUAAAGGUUACUACCUGAACUCUGUAAUGAUGCACUGUAGUGGGGAAGAGUGUCAGGGUUACAUCUUGUUAACUGCUAAUACUUCGGGGGAUGCCCAGAACUUAGAUCAGAUUCCGGUAGUUAGAGUUUCUACCUCAAAGGGAGAUUGA